UCUCAUGGAUACUUUGAGUCAUACACCUCAAAAUGUGCACAGUCAAGCCCUCUAUGAUGUAACAAUGAUGUCAAUUGUACAAUGACGUAAUUUCACUAGGCAGAGAGUUCAAAUAUGAACUGCUGAUAGGUUCUGGGUUGGGCAGAAAAAGGCAGUGGUUGAAGGAGCUCAACUUUCAGGUGGAGUCAGCGUUCACAUUCACAAGCUUCAGUGCUGUAUACAGGACUUUAGGAGUUUCUUUAUAUGACUGUAAAAACUCUGCAGUCGGCAAUCUUUCAGAUCAUCUGAGCUCAGCUCAAAUAGGAAUGGAUACUCUUGUGAAGCGAGGAGAAGUUUAUUUACAACACCAGAAACAUUCCGAGAAGUGGAAGCGGUACUGGCUGAAUCUUUAUCCGGGUAGCCGGAAUGGCGUGGCACGACUGGAACUGACAGAAACAAGUUCAGAUCGGUCACCAGUGAUGGUCAGAAGGCAGCCUGAACGCAAAGUGGUAAGGUUGUCAGACUGCAUCAGCGUGGUUAGACUCCCCCCGCAUGCAGAGGCCCACCCUGGGGACAACAUGGCUGCCUUCUGCGUAGAGACGGAUGAGAAGAGACUGGUGUUCGCAGUAGAGAAAGAGGGAUGUGGAGAGUGGGUGGAGAAAAUCUGUGAUAUUGCCUUUCAGAAAGGCAGCAUUGAUGUUCCGAAGCAGCUUCCACAGAUGUCGGAGAAUCAGAUCUAUGGUUCUAGAGAAGAAGUAUUUGAGUUUUGGGUGACUGUGCAGCAAUCUGAGGUAUCGGCACGAUGCAGUCUGAAGGGAGCGUAUUGGCUGCAGGCAGGGGAGGAUGCGCUGAUACUCAAGGACAAGGAGAGCAGGCAGAGCAUAAUGGAGUGGCCAUACAAGCUACUGCGUCGCUACGGACGAGACAAGACAAUGUUCUUAAUCGAGGCAGGCAGACGUUGCUAUUCUGGUCCUGGCACCUUUAACUUUGAGACCAAGCAAAGUGACGAGAUUCUCCGCCUGGUGGAGCUGGCCAUUCACCAGCAGAAGAGCCUGGGCGUCUCUACAGGUAGCUGCUCUCCUCGCUCCCCUUGCUCUCCCUUGCCCAGACGACCCAUCAGUGCAUCCCUGCUGGAUCCUCAGACCUGCAGUUCUGACUUCAGUGUAAAUUGCGUGCAGUUCAGUCAAGCUAGUGCUCUCAGUUCUGGUCCUGUUAGCCCGGCUGAGUCUGCAUCUCUCAAACCUACUACUUACAGACAUCCUGGCGAAUCCACCAGUUUGCCUGAACCUGUGUAUUCAACUCCUGUUGAUUUUAUUGGUUUAUACAAGGGUGAUGACAUUAGAUUCCAGCAGACUGUUAAAAACGGCAAGCCUAGCCAUCACCACAGCAAUUAUUCAGAGCCAGAGUAUGCAGACCCUGUUGAUGUCAUCCGGCCCAACCCGAUUGCUCAAACACAUUUUAAUCCUGCUGACACAGUCAAAAUCUCCGUCACCACGGCAACAUCUCCCCAUCACAGUCAGCCUGAACCAGUGUACUCUGAGGUGUGUCAUGUCACACGAAACCAAGCACAGGAACAAGGUGCCCUCUAUCAACACAAGGAAGAACCUAUCUACAGUUUACCAAUCAUUGCUUCUACAACAGAAAGCAAGCAGGACACAGAUAAGAUGGACAAGAACACAGUAAUUUACAGUAAAGUAAACAAAGCAGGAAAAUCCACAAAGCCUCAAGACAAGAGCACUACUCACAGAGCGCAUGAUGUAAUCUCUGAAAACCUUGGACUGAUUUAAAAAGAACUGUAAGACAUUCCUAUUGAUUUUUAAGGACUUUUAUAAAGGCUUUGUGUUAUUAGUCGCAUAAAUAUGAAAGAUUGUGAAAGACUGCCAAACAGGGUCCUGACUAUUCAAAUACUACCAAAUAAUUUUAAUAACAUGGAGCAGAAAAAGCAAUAUAACAUGUACAUACACUUUUCCUGAUUUGGACUACAUUUAUUAGUUUAUUAUUAGUUUUGGUUAUUAAUCUAACAACUAUAGUAUUCUGUGUGUAAGUCUAAUAAGACUCAAGGACAAAGCUCUAAUGCCACCAAGUGGUAAUGGCUUUAAAGAGCUGCAUAGACAUUUAAAGAGCUUUCACUGUCAUUUGUCUUGCAAAAUACUCAGAUUUUCUUUGUGGGUGUGGCAGUUAAAGGACUUUCCCUUGAUUAUUCAAAAUGUCUGCACAUUUCAGUCACUGAGAUGUAAAUAGUCACGUAGUGGUUUGAUGCGAAAUGGUUUACUGUGAGAAACUUACCAAUUUAUUUACAGCGGUGAAGGCACUUUCCGUGAGUUCAUUUUAGGCCUUGAAAGUCUUCAAAACAAAGCAUUUUUUGACAAAGUAUUGAUCAAAGUAUAUGCUUAAUCUUCAGAAAAUGUUAUUUUUUCAAUUUAGGCUGUCAAACCAGAGACUAUAUGACCUAUUUCUUUCCUAAAUGUACAGCAUUUUUUGUAACCCUUUUGUAAAAGUUUUUAGGUUGAUGUAUAAAUGGCAUUUAAACA